UGUGUAUUGAAUUGUUGCGGGUUUGUGAUGGUCAUAAGGAUUGUUCAGAUGGUUCAGACGAGACAAAAGCGUUAUGUGCUGUAUUGCCUCUGCACAAUUAUGGAACAAGUUGUGGUAGAGCAUAUUAUGUUGAAAAAAAGGUAUCGUUUCCCAAUGUCCAAAAAAAUAAUGUAGGAACGGCACCUUGGUAUGUUGCAAUACAUAAAUUGACGGAUUCCAAUUGUGAAUUGAUAUGUGGAGGAUCAAUUAUUGCUCCAAAUGUAAUAAUUUCUGCUGCUCAUUGUGUUCAGAAAAAUGAUGAUAUGUUAUCUGAGUUAAUAUCAGUAAAUAAUGGUCUAUACAGAAUUGCUGUUGGAAAAUAUACUAAAGAUAUAAAAGUAAUCGACAGUGAAUUUACUAAAAUAAUAAAUGUAGAAAUGAUUUACCUGAAUGAACAUCAUACACCUCUUACUUUGUCGUAUGCUGAACAUAUAGCUAUAAUUAUAUUACAAAACCGAGUUUAUUUUAAUGAUGUUGUAGCACCUGUUUGUAUCGAUUGGAAUGGUGAAUACAAUGUGGUCAAGGGAGAUCAAGGGAAGGUAAAAGUUUUGAUGAAAGAGAUAGUGGAGCGGGAUUGACAUUUGUACAUUCUAAUUCUUAUAACCGGAGUACUUGAAGAGAACUUUGUUGACAACGUUAAAGGUACAAUCGAUUGGUGGCAGUUUUUACAGACAUUAAAUAUCAUGUUCAACAGAUUUGUGGACUUUUAAACAAACUAGUACGCAAACCUAUUUCUUUAUAGGUUUUAACAAUUCACAAUGAAUUUGUGCAUCUUACCUACUGCGGAAGGAGUCGUUUAUUUUUAUGAAGGUUCUGAUGAAGUUUUAUCCCAGGGGGCAUUAAUUAAACAACAUCUACCUAUUACUGAAGAUUGUUAAGUUGGAUAUCAUUAUGCUUAUUCCAAUGGUUAUAGGGUUUGUUUGGGAAAAGGAAAAUGGUUAUCGAAUUUUGAGAAAUUGUUUUCAAAAUGUGUCCACCUCUAAGAUCAGAUAGUUUAGAUAUUUAAUGUACUCUUAAUGGUAAGAAUGCUAAUUGUCCAAAUUUAUCGAUACCCGAUACAAUAGCAACACUUUCAUAUAAGCCAACAUAUGCUGCACCAAAUGGACAAGAAGAGACUCCGAUUGAAUUACAUUGUCAAUCUAAUGGGAUGUGGAAUAAAC